GUGCCCUCCUAAUGAUGUCAAUCGACACUUGGCUUAUAGCACAAGCAGCCGACUUUUCUUCUCGCAAUUACCAUCAUGGCCGACCGUGGAGAGUACAAGCGGGAAGGGGAUGAGGAACCCGAGGAGGAGGUCGAUGAAUCUGAUUACAAAACACAAAAGGAUGCCAUUAUUCUGGCAAUUGAAGUCAGCGACUCCAUGUUGGAACCCCCUCCAGCAUCCGGCUCUAAGAAGGCAGACAAGGACAGCCCAGUCCAGGCGGCGCUGAAAUGCGCCUAUCAACUCAUGCAGCAGCGCAUUAUCUCUAGUCCCAAGGACAUGAUGGGCAUCCUAUUCUUCGGCACCGAAAAGUCCAAGUUCCACGACGAGGACGGGAGGGGAGGCCUAGGAUACCCGCACUGUUAUGUCUUCAUCGACCUGGACGUCCCGGCGGCCAACGACGUCAAAGCACUAAAGAGUCUUGUUGAAGGAGCCGACGCCUACGAACACGACGACGAUGACGAGUACGAAUUCCUGAAGCCGGCCAAGGAGAGGGUGCAGAUGGCCAAUGUCUUCUUCUGCGCGAAUCAAAUAUUCACCACAAAGGCCGCCAACUUUGGCAGCCGUCGACUGUUCGUCAUCACUGAUAACGACGACCCGCAUCCGUCCGAUAAGUCGGCCAAAUCGGCGGCCGCGGUACGAGCGAAGGAUCUCUAUGAUCUCGGCGUCACCAUUGAGCUCUUCCCGAUAACGCAGGGCGAUGGUUCUUUUGAUCUCAGUAAAUUCUAUGAUGACAUCGUAUAUCGCGACACGGGUGGCGAAGGCAAUCUCACCGAAGUUCGCAGCUCCAAAUCAGGCGAUGGCCUGACACUUCUAAACUCUCUAAUUUCAAACAUCAAUUCAAAACAGACGCCAAAGAGGGCUCUAUUCUCAAAUUUGCCGCUGGAGCUCGCACCGGGUCUGAGGAUAUCAGUGAAGGGAUACAAUGUCCUCCAUCGUCAAACCCCAGCGAGGAAUUGUUACGUCUGGCUGGACGGCGAAAACCCCCAGAUGGCCAUCGGCGAAACCACACGCAUGGCCGAGGAUACAGCCAGGACAAUCGACACUAGCGAGAUCAAGAAGGCCUACAAGUUCGGCGGCGAGUAUGUCUACUUCUCGCCGGAGGAACAGAAGGUCGUAAAGGACUUCGGAUCGCCCAUCAUCCGCAUGAUCGGCUUCAAAUCCGGCGCGUCAAUCCCCUUCUGGGCCAGCGUCAAGAAGUCGACGUUCCUGUUCCCCAGCGAGGAGGACUACGUCGGGUCUACGCGGGUCUUCACCGCCCUCUGGCAAAAGCUAGUGAAAUCCCGGAAGGUUGGCAUCGCAUGGUGCAUCGUCCGCACGAACGCCAACCCUGUGCUCUGUGCUGUUGUGCCGUCUCGAGAGAGCUCCGGGGAAGACAAUGGCACGCCGUAUCUUCCGGCGGGUUUGUGGCUUUGCCGUCUCCCGUUCGCCGACGACUUGCGUGACGGCCCCGCGGGGGGCUGCGACUCGGCUCCCGUCUGCGCGUCCGACGACCUGGUCGACAAGAUGCGCGUCAUUGUGCAGCAGUUGCAAUUGCCGAAAGGCACAUACGACCCGACGCGGUACCCGAACCCUGCGUUGCAAUGGCACUACAAGAUCCUGCAAGCGCUGGCGCUGGAGGAAGAAGUACCCGGAAAGCCGGACGACUCGACCGAACCCAAGUACAGAGCCAUCGGUAAGCGGGCGGGCGGGUACCUGCAAGAGUGGGACGAGAGGCUACGAGAGGAGACGAAGACGGUAUUGGGGACGAGGAAGUUCAAGCGGGAGCUGGAAGAUGAUGACGAUGGCGUGGAGUCGAAGCCGGCGAAACGGACCAAGACGGCUUCUGCGAAGCCCUCUACAUCGGGCAUGACUGACGCCGAGCUGAGGUUUGCAGUGGCCAGCGGUUCACACAAUAAGAUGGUCGUGGCCGGGCUGAAAGAUCUGCUUGUUUCCAGGGGGCUGAGCUCCGCAGGCAAGAAGGCCGACUUGAUCGAGAGGUUGGAAGAGUGGGCGGAGGAGAGUAUAUAAUCAGGAGCCGUCUGUUUUUUUGCAUGUCUCGAGCAUGAGCUUUGUAUCCAUAGGUGGGAGAGCAACGCUGGGGUUGGGGAGGAGACCGCUGUCGGCUUUUGGGCUGGGAGUGUUCGAUAUAAAAGAGAGCCAUCAUCACGACAAGUUGUCGACGCCUUUUUCUUCCACCACCACCAUCACCACACCACUAUAAUUGCAUAGUGUGUAUGAGAUACACUGGGCGGAUUUUCUGUUUAUAUCGUG